AACAAAGACGAGGGAAAAUCGCCAUUUGAAACCCUAAUGGGAAGGCAAGGAGUGAAAAGUGAGUAUGAAGAAGUGCGAAAAGCUCGAAUCUUUGAAAAUCAGGCUAGAUUGGCCAGCCUUGGACUUCAAAAAACCAUUGCAGAGCUUCGAACAAUCACUUCUAAACCACAAGCAGAGAAGAAAAAACAUAACAAAGCGGACUACUUCUCUACCCCUUUGCGCCGUUCCAAUCGGAUGAAAGACAACUCUGCACCACCAUCAAAAGGGAGAAUGAAAGAUCUUUCACCCGAAGCUUUGGCUCGACGAUGCACCAGAUUGAAAGUUGUUCUUCCCUGUCACAUCUGCGGGAGAAAGGAAUUUUGUGGUGAAGAAGAUUGUAAACGUCGUGGUGCGUUGGACAUGGAUUCACCUUGCUUAGGCAAGACAGAUUGUUCAAUUUGUCAUUCUAGCUAUGGUGUUCUUUGCCGAGGUUGUCUUAAGGGACGAUAUGGUGAAGAACUGGAGGAGGUGAGAGCAAAUAAAGGAUGGGUAUGUCCUCAUUGCACUGAAGAAAAAGGCAUCAAUCCAUAUUGGAUAUGUAACAGCAAAUAUUGCCUAAAGAAGCGAAAGAUGGCUCGAACGUUCCGGAACGCGAUACUCAGAGGUAGAAAGAUGGGAUACAAAUCAGUGGCACAUCUGUUAAUGGAUCAGCUUCAGCAAGCGUGAUGGGGAGAUGAUAAGCUUUUUUGUGAAUUGUAAACAUCACAGGGAGUAGAAUUAGCUUCAGAAUGUAAAGAUGUUAUGAAGACCAAUCCGCCCGUAACGUUUUGGAUCCUCAGUUAACCAUCCUUUUGAACAUAUCUAAAGAUGUAAUUGGGGCGACGUAAAAUGUUUCUCUUUUUGGUUUCCUAAUUGGUAUGCACUAUGAGGGUCCGACUACUCCAGAUUUGCGCCCGUGUAAGGCCUGUUUGUGUAAAACAUUUUGAAGGGAUUGUCUAUGAACCAAUUCCACCGGUGUUGGCCAUGGAUGCUUUAAACUUAGAUAAACUAGGAACUACUUUUGUUAGGAAAACUUAUUUGGCAUGUAAUAGCAAUAUAGCUACGCACAAUGAUAACGCUAUUUAUAUGGUCCGCCGUGGCCC